AUGAACUGUGACAUGAGCCCCACUGCCACAGUGGACCACUACAAGGCGGCCAUGCUGCUCAGUGGUGUGGGGGAUGCAGUGGGGUAUAAGCACGGCGACUGGGAGUUUAAUUUCUCUGGACCAGACAUCCUUAAGGAGCUCAAAAAAAUGGGUGGUCUGAAGAAAAUCAAGGUCAACCUCCCGGAGUGGCCCCUGAGCGAUGACACUAUAUUACAUCUGGCAACGGCUGAAGCUUUAGCCACAGGAAAAGAAGGAGAGAGUCUGCUGCAUGAAGUGGCAGCGCUGUAUAAAAAGGGGAUGUGUGACAUGUCGGGCAGGGCGCCGGGACGCACCACCGUCAACAGUGCGUCUCAGCUCCGUCCAGGACAAGAAGGAGGGUACCGCGUCCCCUACUGCCCCAAAGCAGGAGGCUGUGGAGCCGCCAUGAGAGCCAUGUGUAUCGGGCUGAGGUAUCCGGAGCCGGCGCAGCUGGAGACUCUGGUGGCAGUGGCCGUAGAGAUGGGCAGGAUGACGCACACUCACCCCACAGGGUUCCUGGGGGGUGUGGCUGCGGCCUUGUUCACCGCGUACGCCGUCCAGAGGAGGCCCCUGGAGUCCUGGGGCGUGGGGCUCCUGAACGAGGCCUGUCCCGUCGCAGAGAGGUUUGUGAAGAGUGCGGGGUUCGCUGUGAUGGAGACGGAACGCGACUGGAACUACUUCAGUGAGAAGUGGAGGAGCUACCUGGACCUGCGUGGACUGUCCAAUGGCGUGGGGCCCGUGGUGUGGCCUGAGGCGUACGGCCCGGCGGAAAGAGACCAGGCCUACAAGAGCUUCAGCUUCAGCGGCUGGGGAGGCAGCAGCGGCCACGACGCUCCCAUGAUCGCUUAUGAUGCUUUACUGGGAGCAGGAGCGGACUGGGAGGAGCUGAUUAACAGGGCGGCGAUUCAUGGCGGUGACAGCGAUAGCACAGCUGUGAUCGCCUGCUGCUGUUGGGGCGUCCUGUACGGCACAAAGGGCGUCCCCGAAGGAAACUACGCCAAACUGGAGUACAGGGACCGACUGGAGAAGAGCGGGGAGCAGCUGUACGCCCUGUCACACUGA